GCAGCAGAUGAGCUAUCGUCUCUGACUUUACAUCUACAAGGUGGACUGACAAGAUCAAAAGGAUCCAAAAAGAGAAGAACAAAGAACAGAACCGUACAAACUCCAGCUCCUGCACUGAUUAGAUGGAGGUUCUAAGAAGCUCCACUGCAGCUCUAAAAUUUAGUACUUAAUAUUUAAGCAUGUUCUGUUGUACUUUUUGAGCCAGAGGAAAUAAUAUUUUUGAACAUUUUGGCUUAUUUUGCCUUCUUUGAUUCCUACUGGAUCACACGGCUGUUUGAUUGUGGGAGGUGUGGCCAUGCAGAGCGGCCACGUGCACAGGCUCUCCUGGGUUGCUAUUAGUUUAAUGACAUUUAUUGUUUGUGCUGCUCUGUGCUGGGCUUUGGCGUAGUGAGUGCAGUGUUGGUGUUUACUGUCAGGUGAAAGUGUGGCUGGAAGUGACCUGCCUGCUAUAUCAGCCGUUUCAGCAGCCCUGAGUUGCAGUUCUCUCUUGCUGCCUGUUCAAUAAAAGACCAUUCGCCUUAAAAGCAUCUAAUUCUAAGCAGAUGCCACGCUGGUGUCAGAAGUGGGAUAAUGUGCAUGCAGAGAGGAGAGGAAUGAUGUUUCAACAAACUCAGAGUAGACGGUGGAGAAGACUGUGCCCAGCCAAGGACUGUGGAAGAGGAAGCAGUGUGGCAAGCCUCAGCAGGGGAGCCUGACCAGAGGAUGGCAGCCAGCGAGGCCCUGCCACAGAGCACUGUGUUGGCCUGGCGGACCGCAGCCCUUCAGUGACGCUAUGAGCAGCUGUGGAUAACGACAUCACUGCAUUACUGCUACUGAGCGCUGAUUGGUCUUUCCCCGCCUGUCUGUGGGGGUUCGAUCCCCAGCCCCCAUCCCUCUCACCCUGCCGCCGGUGUGAUUGAUUGAUCGGCAGAUGGCGUCAUGAUGCGGCUCGCGCUGCUGGUUUCAGAGUCUCCGCCCCCGCCUCGCUCAGGCCACGCCUCCUCUCUCCCUCUCCGCAUUCCGCUCAUGACGUAGUGAGAGCGGUGCCGUCGCGCGACCUGUGCUGCGUGCGCGUUUUGUGGCGGUUGAGAUGGGAGGCGGCGCGCGCGGACCCGGACCUACAUGGCGGGAUCAGCAGCGCGCGGCGCGGACACGCGGGAGUCGUGCGGCGGGCGCGCGGAGCCGCUGAGCCUGCUGGAGGUGCUGCGGAGCUACGAGCAGCCCAUCAACGAGGAGCAGGCGUGGGCGGUGGGCUUCCAGAGCUGCAGGGGGCUGCAGGCGCGAGGCUGCGCGGGGCUCGAGCUGAAGGGCCCCGCGUCCAUCCUGCUGCACCGGGACGGCGCCGUCACACUGCGGCCGGAGAGCGACGGCAACACCGCUGAUGGAGAUGCUGUACCUGCCUCACCUGUCCUCGAGAGCCAGCUGGUCCAGGCCCUGGGCGUGGCCAUCUACCGGGCACUGGACUGGGGGCUGGCGGACAGUGAGGAGCGGGAGCUGAGUCCACAGCUGGAGAGGCUGAUCGAGCGCAUGGUGGGCGGGGAGGAGGGCGGAGACUCCAGCGGCUGCGGCAGAAAUACCACAAAGGACGAGGGCUACAGCGGCCCGGAGGAGGAGGAGGAGGAGGAGGAGGAGGAAGAGGGAAGCAUGCGCGCAGUACGCACUUUUCGCCAGGUGAUGGCGCUGUGUGCCCGCAGGCUGCCAAACCCGGCCUUGGCUCCAGAACACUACCAGGCCGUGUGCAGAGCGCUGUUCCUGGAAACCCUGGAGCUCCAGACCUUCCUCUGCAGGAUCAGAGACGCCAAGGAGAUGCUGAAGAAGAUCAAGACUGAGGAGCCGCAGGAGGAGAGAUACGCUGCAGAACUGGACAACCUCAAACACACUGACUGGGCGCGUCUGUGGGUGCAGCUGAUGAAGGAGCUCAGGCAGGGAGUAAAGCUGAAGAAAGUGGAGGAGCAGCCGUUCAACCCGCUGCCCACCGAGUUCAGCCUCACUCCGUUCGAGAUGCUGAUGCAGGACAUUCGAACCCGCAAGUACAAACUGCGCAAAGUCAUGGUGGACGGUGACAUCCCCACUCGCGUCAAGCGAAACGCGCAUGAGGUGAUCCUGGACUUCAUCAGAUCGAGACCACCACUGAAACCAGUGUCUGAGCGCAGUCUCCCGCCGCGGCCGCAGCAGCAGCAGUCGCUACACGACCGGGUUUUGGCGGAGAUCCGACAGGAGCACAAACUGCGGCCGGUGGAGCCGCAGAGCGCCAAGAGACCGUUCGGCUCCCUGCCCUGUUUGGCUCUCGCCUGCCACUGCGACCUCAAAUCCACUUCCUGCAUUGAUCUGUCCGUCACAGAGACUGGUCCCCGCCCGCUGCCCCGCCCACGCGUCCUGCUCAAGGCUCCCACGCUGGCGGAGAUGGAGGAGAUGAACCUGUUUGAGGAUGAAGACUCUCCGGACGCCGCUGAGCUGCCAUGUGUGGAAAGUUCUCUGAAGCGCGAUCGCUCGUUCUCUGAGCACGACCUGGCGGAGCUGCGAGGGGAGACCACCCAGCAGAGUGUGUGUAUGCGGACAGAGAGGCCGCGCUCAUACACACUCACUGGAGCUACACACACACACAGAGCCUCCUACCCCGUGGUAGGCUGGGUUCCUCCGUCUCCCGUCCGGCACUCUCUCAGCGCACUGGAAGAAACCAGUGAAGCAUCAGGACCCUCACCAGGUCUCAGCAGCCACCAGUGGAUGGAGGAGUUUAGUCACCCGGUGGAGAGUUUGGCUUUAACGGUUGAUGAGGUCAUCAGCGUGCGCCGUGUGCUGGUGAAGGCUGAGAUGGAGAAGUUUCUCCAGAAUAAAGAGCUCUACAACAGCCUGAAGAAGGGCAAGGUUUGCUGCUGCUGUCGGGUGAAGUUUCCUCUGUUUUCUUGGCCUUCAACCUGCCUGCUGUGUAAAAGGGCUGUGUGUGACUCCUGCAGUGCUAAGAUGAAGAUGCCCUCCAAAAAGAUGGCCCAUAUUCCGGUCUACACAGUGGGCUUCCACAGCAGCCCCCGGAGCCACGGACACCGGAGCGAGGUCUACAAGUCUCUGCGCUCUCUCUCCAGACGCUCUGUUGAAGAGGAGUUUCCGUAUCUCUACGCCGGCGGCUGCAGUCUGAGGGACGUUUGCGCCGAGUGCACCAAGUUCGUUGCUGAUGUCAUUUCCUCCAGCCGCCGCAGCCUCGACAUCAUCAACAACACCCCCAAAAGAGAGAAGCCACGCCCCCGCCACACCCACAGCCACACCCCCGAACACUACCCGAGAGGUGGAGUAAACUAAGGGAGAGACUGACUGGUGCUCUGCUGGGCUUCCCUCAUAUGACAUGCCCCCAGACACGCCCCUGGGCCAGUAAGCCCCUCCCCCAGAGCUAAUGAGUUCAGCAGUAUCUAACUGCAGCUCCGCGGACUGAUGGGAGCUGCUCCUUUAGCAUGAAAGUGUUAGGGUAGCUACCUCCUCCAACACGUUAGCUAGUUAGCUAGCCAGCUAGCUAAUAAACAUGAACAUUUGAUUUUAAGUUGAAACAAACAGCAGCUUUAUUUUCAGAGUUUUACCUCGCGUUGGUGUUAGCUACCUCACCGCCAUUUAGCCAGCUAGCUAACUUAGCUAACUUGCUAGCUAGCUAACUAGUGUCUGCCUGAGACGUGGUCUGUGUGGCUGUAGCUAGGUGUGUUAGCGUUUCCGCCCUGCUGGGAGACACGCAAGAAUGUGGGCCACCAAAUCCCUGCCUGACCCUUGAACCCUGAAUCCUGACCCCUGACCCUGAGGUCAGCGGGCUGGACGCAGAUUGUUGAGUCGGACGUGGCCCACAGGAGAGGAUUCAGGUUUAGUGUUGCUGUUGCCUUGUUUUAGCUUGAAUGUAACAUUAGUAAAUGGGUCGUCCGUGACCACGCCCCUCUGAGCAGGUCAGAGCGAAAACCCCCCCGUGGGAUAGAGCGAUGAGCGCUGAGGCGUCAGAAGCUGCUCAGAAGCGUCUUUAACUCCUAAGGUGCUCCGUUUGGAGCCGGAAUGUCCCUUAAUGAGGAUGGAAUACGCUGCGUUACGCUGCUGAUCUAUUCCAGCCUCACACAGAAUAUACUGUACUGUGUCUUCAGUAUGUUACUCUGUCCUAUUGGCUGAAUGUAUCAGGGACCGAAAUCCUUAAGGACGUGGAGCCAGUUCUAGUGGCAGAGAGAACCGAAAUCACCAUCAACCCACGCGCACCCAGACACCUGAACCCCCCCGCUGCAGCUGAAAGCUCCACUCACGGUCUUGUGCAAUCUGCUCUUCUUUUGUAAACGCUGUAGAUCUGCAAUAAAUCAAAGUCCAAACAGA